ACACUAAAAUUCAUGACAACCAACAUACAAACAUUUAUAAUCUUUAUUAGAUUCAACUUUCAGCUACAAAAUGACUCCAGAUGAGCUGAAAGCCCACAAGAGGUGUGAAAUUGAAGUGUGAAAGGCCCACUGAAAUUAUUUUGAGUGUACUUCCUUUCCUUUGAUGUGGAUGAGCAUUUUACUUGCUGAUUGAAUGGGGUUCUACCAACAUAAGCACACUUGAAACUUUACACUUCAAGUCACUUUCACUUUACAUCCAUGCCGCGAGAUGUUUCAAAAAGUGGUGGGGACAAUACUGACACUGGCAAAAGGUAGUGGAAACAUGUCCUAUCCGUCCCACCCACAAAUUACGCCAGUGCAUGUGCCCGGAUCUGCCCUCUGUUAUAGUAAAAAAAAGUGAACAUAUGGUCACAUGAUAUACGUUCAUCUUCAUAGAACUGACUGCACAAGCAUUAAGGCAAGGCAAGGUCUCUUUUCUCUUGCUGGAAUGGAGUUGUUCAUCUUCACUGCUUUUCUUCUCCUUAUGGAGGUUCAGUCUUACAAAUCUCCUGCUGUAAAAGUAUCUCCAGAAGUCAUAAGUGAGUCCAGCUCAGUGAAGAUGAUCUGUGAGACUCCAGCAGAUGUUACAGUGAAUCAGUGUCAUUUCUACAUUAACAGAGAAAAAGAGAAGAAUAUUAAAGUCAGUCCAUCUUGUGAGCUCGAUCUCACUGGUGUUGAAGUGCUCAGAUGGGCAGCUGUAAAAUCACCUGCAUCAGUCGACAUUAACUGCUUCUACAUUAUACAUGAGCACGGGAUUGAUAAACCAUCAUCUCAGUCUCCUGCUGCCAAAGUGACGGUUCUAGGUCCACUUCAGAAACCAUUCAUCAGUUAUAAUAAGGAUGAUGUCCAGCCCAUCAUAACAUGUAAAAUGCCACUUUCUGUCAGCGAUGAUGUCACCUGUAAUCUCUACACUGAGGAUGUUCUUCUGUACAGAAGUUUCUCUCUGACUCAGAGGGGAAGGUCUGGAGAUCAUUAUUGUCCGUUUUAUCGAAGCUAUAGUGAACUCUUGACAGGAUCUGUAAGCAGACAGCUGAGCUGUGAUUAUUCACUCAACACUGAACCUGAGAUCAGAUCACCGCGCAGUGACACAAUCACCAUCAGAGGUGGUUUCGGACGCAGCCUCUGUCUGACGCAUAGAAAGAAGCCUGUUUCUGCAUAA